AAAAUGGCUGAGUAUUCGUGGAUGGUUAAAUUUUGAAUGGUGAAAGAAAUCAUUUAGUUGUGCGAAUCGAUUAUUUGUAAUCCGCGUAUAACGCGUGCCUCUAUUUUCCUGAGGUCAUGCUGUCAUCCGGUAAACUCAGCUUAGGUAAAGAGGACAUUGAAGCUGCAAAUAAAGAUGAAAAAGAGACGCUAUUGGAGCAUGACAGCGAUUACGAUGAGGAAAUGUUAUUUACCCGGCCGGGCACAUCAAAUGGGCAAGAAAAAGUUGACAAUAAAAUGGAUAGCGUCAAGCUGCAAAUCCAGGGAGUAGCAGAUAUAAUGCGAGAUAAUGUUCAAAAAGUGAUGGAUCGUGGCGAAAGACUGGAGGAUUUGCAGGAGGCGAGCGAUCGUCUGAACAUGACUGGUAACGAGUUUAGGGAAGCCGCGAGGAGAGCACAACGAAAAGCGUGGCUGCAAAAUGUGAAAUCAAGGAUUAUCAUUAUCAGCAUCACUGUGACGAUCGUGCUUUUCAUUGUUGUUUUGGACAUCAUGGUGCUUUACCUGGUUCUCAGAUAGCGAGUACGAUGUUUCGAGCCUCAAUCAUUCACUGUAAGUAUCCAUCGUCGUGAAGUACACGUGAACGUGAUGCUUGGCUGAAGGACUGUCAAUCUAUUGUCGUUGUACAUAAAUAUUUUGUUUCCAUAAAUUGUUUCCAUUAAUUAUAUGUAUUAUAUUUAAUAUAAAAUAGUCUCUGUAUAUAUAAAUACAUCUUCUAUUAUUUUUGUGUAAA